GAGUAGCGCAGUGAGAGCAGGGCAGGAAUAAAGCAGAGCCACAAAGACAGACUCCCCGGGCGCUCUUUCAUAUGGACUCUGGACAUACUGGAGAUUAACACUAGGAUUUAAGGACAUCUGCACAGCCACUUACCUUUGGAAUUAUAUCACUUUUGUUAAAGAUUGAAGAUGUUACUGAAUAUAAAGCAUAUAUUGUGGCUAUGCUGCCUGUGCCACACAUCCCACGCUCUUGUCUCUAGCUCACUAGCAGUGAUGCGGCCGGUGAGUGGCUCUCUUUCGGGGAAGGUGGUCCUGCCAUGCCACUUCUCCAUCCUACCCACCGCAGCACCCAACAAUGCCACCAUCUCAGACUAUCUACGCAUCAAAUGGACCAAGAUGGAUGGUGAUGAGGAAUCCACAGUACUCGUGACACAAAAUGGAGUCAUCAAAAUCGGGCAAGGCUACAGGAACCGAGUGUCCGUGCCGAGUCAUCCAGAGAUUAUCGGUGACGCCUCUUUGACUAUGGUAAAGCUGCGGGCCAGUGAUGCUGGAACAUACCGCUGUGAGGUCCUGUAUGGCAUCGAGGACACACAAGACACGGUCAAUCUGAAUAUUAAUGGUGUUGUUUUUCAUUACCGGGCCGAGACCAGUAGAUACACCUUGAACUACAAUGAAGCAGUGGAGGCCUGCAGAAAUGUUGGGGCCACCAUUGCCACAGCAGACCAACUGAAAGCUGCCUAUGAGGAUGGAUUUGACCAAUGUGAUGCUGGCUGGAUAGCAGAUCAGACAGUUAGAUACCCCAUCACUACACCGAGGCCUGGCUGCUCGGGGAACAUGCCUGGAAAACCUGGCCUUCGCUCAUAUGGCUUGAGAAAGCCCAGUGAGACGUACGACGUGUAUUGCUAUGCAGACAAGCUUGAGGGUGAGGUGUUCUUUGCUCCUACCACACGGAAGAUGUCAUUCGAGGAGGCCAAGGCUGAGUGUGAGAACCAGAAUGCAGUACUUGCCUCUCCUGGCCAGCUCCACUCUGCCUGGAGAAAUGGUCUCGAUCGCUGUGACUAUGGCUGGCUCUCUGAUGGAAGCGCUCGCCACCCUGUCUCCGUACCCAGACAGCAGUGCGGCAGAGGUCUGCUAGGGGUCCGGACAAUGUAUCGCUACCGCAACCAGACAGGCUUCCCUGAGCCCACCAUGAAACUGGGAGCGUACUGUUUCAAAGGUCGUGAGCUUCUAUUGAGCCAGACAAGUUGGGUGGAUGUCACAAUCCAGGGUGUUACCACCACCUUGCCCACCACAGCUUCCUCAACCACAGCCCACGCUACCUCCCUAGAGCCUAGACAGUCAGAUGACAUAGACAAAGCCUCUGAAGAAGUUUCCACAGAUGACUAUGGGUUCCAGAUCCCAACAGAACCUCCUUCCAUGUUUUCCACCAGCAUGGCCCCACCAAGUUUUACACAGGCCUCAGGCAGCUCUGAGUCACAGACUUAUCCACAUGUAGCAGCUGUAACAGUGGGUUUUGAAGAAGAUGACUCAGUGAUGACCCUUCCAGAUUUUACCAUUAAUGAAUUUGGCCCUAAAAGCCCAGAUGGGUCAGAAGCACAAGGUCGUGGAGAUGUAGUCCAUGUAGAAUCUACUGCAAGUCCUGAUGUCAUGGAGACACCAUCUGAAGAGUCAGAAGAUCACAGUGUAAUUGAAGUGGGCACAAUUACACCAGAUGUUUUCCUCUCUGCAUCUCCAAGCACUAAGCCCAUGUUUGCAGUAGGAAACACAGAGAAGGCUAUAGUCGAGAAGGUCACAGCAGAUUCAGUCUCUAAUCUUGAAGAGAUGACACCAGAUAUGUUAUCUGUCUCAGAGCCCACAAAGAUGAUUAUUGUAUCUCCAGAUUCUGAAGAUGCUUCAAAGUCCAAUACAGAAGAAACAAUAGAAGUUACAAAGCCAACAAUGGAGAGAAAUGCUUCCAGGAUGAGCCCUGAAGCAUCCUCAGUGACUGAACCAACCACCACGCAGGAUGAUCACCACACUUCACCCCAAAUGCCGGUGCACCUACUCUCUGGGGUUUCCCAGGAAAGCAGUUCCAGAAGAACCAUGGAAACAGAUGAUGCCGGUUUCCCUGGCACCACAGAUGUUCAACUAAGUACAGUAACACAGAUAACUUCUACAGAGGGACCUGAAACUCCUGAGUCUCCUGACUAUGACGGAGUUGAAAAAGACACUGAAGGUCCACCCUCCAUUCAGACGACCCUCCAAGAGGCUGUUACUUCAGAUGGAGAAGCGAGCUCUGAAUUCGAGACCACAGCAGUAACUACUGAGGCCACUGUCACAUUCACAGCUUUUGUGUGCAACACAGUGUCUGGCUCAGAAACAGAAACAACCACCCAAAAAAUGGAAGAAGUAACACAGUCCAUCAGCCCUGAGGAAGACAGCUUAUUGCCCUCAGUAGAUAACAAGUCACCAGAAGGAACUGAAAUCCAGGAGCCUUUUAACACUCCAGCUCCGUCUGAUGUGACAGCAUCCACAGUUCCCAUCCCAAGUGAAACACUACCUGAGGAAUCAAGUGUGGUAAUCAUUGAGGAAUCACCAGCAGGUACUCCAGAUGCUCUUACAGAGACAAUGACAAAAACGGAUGGCACAACCAACGACACUGAUCCCGAGCAUAUGCCACUAUUGACUACUUCUCCUGCAACAAGUCCCAAAAAUUGUACAGUGUCCCCUGAUGGCCUGUCUGUCCACGUGAUCAUCAUUAACGUUGAAGAUACGGAACAGAAUGAUACAGCUGACGUGGACAGUUUACUGUCUGGGGGCCAGAUCCCUAUGAUUCCAGAGCUACCUGAUGAGGCCAUUCCCUCCCCUGUGGAUGGUGAGCCUAUUCUGAGCAGUGAAGAUUCUGCUCAUGACUUCGCCUCUCCUACUGUCACUUCCACACCUGCACUCAGUUUCAUAAAUGGCAAGACUGAGUUAAGCCUUGAGCCCAAAUAUGGGACUCAGGAAGAAUUAAGAGGAGAUGUAUAUGAGAGGGUGUCGCCCAUAGUCCACAACAUAACACAACCAGAAGAAAAAGAAAUAGAAUCAGUGGUGCCAUUUGAUUACACGCUGAUAGAGACUGAUACAACACCAGAUCAGUCUCUCAUGUCGAGCCAAGAUGUAUCCACCCCAGUGCCUAUUGUCUUCAGCACACUUGAGCCAACAUAUGAUUAUGGUGAAGAACAAAGAAUUGUGGAGUCCACGCCUCCAUCACAUCUUGUGUCAGAUCCUGAAAUUGAGACACUCAUGGGUGAGGGAACCAUUUCACCAAGUAUACCAUUUGGGGCCUCAACUGAAGGGUUCUCAGCAAAACCACAUCAGCCUUUAAAGGAAUCAGAAACUUCAGAUACUUCUAUGGUGCAGAAUGUUACACUGCUGUCAUCAACAGCAGCUUCUGCCACUAAAGAUCCUAACCAGGUGGACACAAGUGUGACCAUUUCUGAGGCUUCAGCAACUCCAGCAGCUAUACCUUCAAAACCAAAAGAGGACAUUGUGUCAUCUGUUUCUUUCGAAGAAAGAUCUCCAGAUGACUCCAAUUCUACCCAAGUUACUAAUUUUGAAACAGUGGAGAAAUUUCAAGAGAGCAUAACAACAUCACUGAGCAAUCACUCAGCAGUUGAAACUGUAAAUGAGACGAAAAUACUAAAUCAUACAGAGUUGACAUCAAGCACAGAAAAGCCAUCAGUUGCUUCCUUCACUGACCUGGAAGAGGCAGUAACAGUAACAUUCUCUAAAGAGGACAGCAUCUCAGACCAUCAGACUACCAGCUCUGAGCGUAGUGGCCCAACUGUGUUUACUGUAUCUCAGUCUUUGCCUGCUACUUUCCCAUACACAUCAGAGGCUGAAAUAAAAGAGACCUCAACUCCUUCAGUUGUGGUGUCAGAUAUUACUACUGAAACCAAAACAUUUAUUAUGUCAGAGGACGAAGGAUCAGGUGCCCAGACACCUGAUUUAUUUUCUACAAAGGACUAUACUUCAUUAUAUGGCUCAGUCACAAGUACAUUUGACACUGUGACAUCAAACAGACCAAUUAUGGCAGAAACUGUGAAGUUCCAAACAGAAGCAACAUCAGUAUCGGCAGAACCAUCAAAGAUUCCUUUUAUUGAUUCCUCAACAAUACAUUUAAGUGAUAGGUCAACUGAGAUAUUUACACCAGUGACUGUCAUAAGUACAUUUCCUACAGAGGAGAAAGAUAAAGUGAUGCCAGGUCCAAGCUCAGAAACAAUCUUUCCAUUUUCUGACACUGAUGGCUCAGGUGAUCAGACUGAAGAAAUUUUGACCAUAAAAUCUUCAACAGUUCUACCACUGUAUACUACAACUACAGCAGAUCAAAGUGUCACCAAAACAGCUACUCAUGUGGUCCAGACAGUUGAUGGUACAAUGUCAUUCCAGCUGCAGCAAACAUCCACAUGGGAUAAAUCAGAGGUGCCUACUUCAGAGGUCAUGGAAACAAGUUCAGUGCUGCCCUUAACAGAUGCUGACAUGUCGAAAGAAGGGACAACUGAGACACAGAGCAAGGUCUCGACUGGAAGCACAAUAGAAGAAGCAUUUAUGAGUGUCACCACAGAGCAAGUGCCACCUUCCAGUAUAUCCACAUAUAUAACCACAGUCUUAUCUGAAACAGACACUGCAGAUGUGAAAACAACUGCAACCACAGUGAUGCUUACGGAGACAACAACAUUACCUGUGCAUUCUUCACAUCAAGAUUUAGGUAUGUCUACUGUUUCUCCUUUGGCCUUUGCAAGUAGUUACACCAGCAAGGAUGCAACAAUAGAAUCAGAGCAGACUGCUAAUACUUCUAAAGAUGCUGUGAAAGGCACCACCAUUGCACUGGAUCUAGCGACAGAAGAAGGCUCUGAUGAUCAAAGUUCUGAUGUUCUCACAACAAAGCCCCCUACUGAGGUACACACCGCAGUAUCAAGUAAACAAAGCAUGACGUCAUAUAGACCCACAAUCACAGAGACUAUGAUGUUCCAAGCCGAAGCAACAUCACAGCCUUCAAAGCCAUCAGAAGUGCCUAUUAUUGAUACCUCUGAAAUAAUGUUUUCCUCAAGCGCAGGUGAAACAUUUACUGUGGCAUCCACAAGCACUGACUCUACAAUGUUUAGUACAGGGGAAACAACAAGCCAAGUUAUGCCAUCGAGUUCAGAGUCAUUUUCCCUCUUUCCUGAGCCAGAAGGCUCAGGUGAUCAAAUAGAUGAAACAUUUACCAUAGCCACAACAACUCUUAGCUCAUUGCAUACUGAAGAUAAAGGAGAUACUUUCACUUCUACAGCAUUAUUGGAUGCUACAGCCUUAGCCCAGUCAGAGAGCACAUCAUUGGAGAAGACAUCAGUCACAGAGUCAACUACGGUCUUGUCUACACAUGAUCUUACUGGAGACCAAGAAACUACCAAACCACCCACCACGUUGAACACAAGUCAUUCAUUCACAUUCAGUUCCACCCUAUCUUUGACAGAUGAAACAGUAAAAUCAGAAUCUUACCAUGUGAAGGAAGCAGAAAGUGAGAAGCCAUCUUCAACUAUAACAAGUGGUGAUAUCCCCUCAAGCUUACUGCUCUCUACAACAUUCACAUCUGAUCAUAGUACAGCAGCACCGAUAUCAAGCCAUAUAACAACAAAGUCUCACUUUGAAACCAUUCUUACUACAACAGAGUCACAUAUGACAGGAAAGCCAGUGGACAUUAGCCAUACUUCGACAGCAUCAGUGAUACCAAUCUACACUACAGUGGAAUCAGCUAGUGCUACGCACUCUACAGAAUCCAUCAUAAGCAGCCAAAAAACAUCACAGUCAGCUGCAUUCAGCCACACCGCAAGUGAGUCACCUAUUCAUUCUUCAACAGAGUCAGUUACAUAUUCAACUGCGCCUAUGCUUGGAGAUUUGCACACUACAACAGAGUCAAGCAGAACUAGCCAUUUCAAAACAGAAUCACCGCUCAGCGCUACAGAUGUUAAAAGCUCAGCUAUACCAACCUCAAGCAUAGUUACUGAAGAGUUACCUGUCAGUUCAACGUCUUCUGCACUGAGCACUAAGCAAACAUCGACAUUAUCAUCACAUGAAGGCACCACUGAUGACAAGCCCUUGACAACUCCAGCUGCGGAUACUGAGGCAGACACAAAAUAUGAAGAAGGCUCAGGAGAUAAGCUUACUGAUUUGCCUUUUGCUGUUCAUCUGACGCCAUCAGCCAUCCCAACCAAGACAGUUUCACCUGCAGUUGACGAAACAUUUGCUGCAGAAUCUGAUGGCACAACUUCUACCAGUACUAACCACACUACUCCUCAGUCAUUUAUUAGUCCAGCCACUGAAGAGACAGAGGGUUCUGCUGAUGAAAGUGAUGAUGGUUCUGGUGAUUUGUCUAGUGCUGUUGUUCUUGAGUCAUCUCCUCCUUCCCAAGCUCCAUCAACAAAACAUGUGCCAGCAACAAAAUCUGAGGCAGUUAUUGAAACUGAGAGGACAGUGCAUACAACUUCUAAAGAAGCAUCAUCAGUUUUGCCCACAUCAACUUUAACAGGUACAGUACCUGCCUUUACAGUUGACGAGGUUGGUUCAGGGGACCAGAGUGCUGACAUAUUUAAAACUGUUACAUCACCAAUGUCUGUCAUAAGUGAUACACCAUCAGGAAUUAGAGAUAAAGAUGCCAGCAGCAGCAGUACACUUUUGUUAACUGAUGUGUUCACAACAGAUAUCACUACUGUACCUCCAAGAAGUGAUGAAGUCCCAUUAAAAGAAACCACAUCAACUGCAACUACUUCAUCAACCACAGCUAAAAAACCUGUUUCUCCUUCAGCGAGAAGCACAACAAUACACUCAACAUCCAUUAGCACUGACACGGAAGGAUCUGCAGACUCAGAAGAUGACCAGGAGUCUCCCCUGUUUGAAGGAUCUGCUGAGAAGGCAUCAGAAACGCCAACAACUGAAACCAAUAAAGACUUUUCUGUAAGAACUGAUGAAGCAGAAGUCACUUACUCAAAGAGCACAUUAGAUUACUCAAGUCUUGAAACAGCAACAUCUACAACACUGUUGAAGUCUCAGUCUACUCCAACAACUUCUUCGAGCCCAGCUCAAACAAAAAGUACGGCUUCAUCUUGGGAGCCUGGAAGUGGUGACACAGAGGACGCUGCAGGUGAAACUGAGGGAACUGAAGAUGACGGUUCUGCUGAUGUAGCAUCUAGUCACAUUCUUGAAUCAGAUCCCCCUUCUCCACCAACAGAAGUUGUAACAACAACAAAAUCAGAGGCAGUUAUGACAGGUUCAGACACUACUGAUUCAAAGGACCAGAUUAAUUACAUAUUUACAACCAUACCACCAACUUCUGUCAUAGGUGUUACGAUCUCAACUGUUAAAGAGAAAGGCACUACUACCAGCAGUUCAUUUUCACAGUUAAUUGAUUCACUUGCAACAGAAGCUGAUCACAGUGAAAUAUCUGUGUUCACCAGUUCACCUGUAACAGGCACUGAAACGUCUGCUAAAGAAAUCCUAAAAUCAACUUCAGUUACCUCCCUGUCUCCAUCAAGUACAGGAAAAACUUCAGAUUCUCACUUAAAGAGAAUAAGCACUACCAUGAAUUUAAUAUCACACAUUGAUAUGGAGGGAUCUGGUGUCUCAGACUCAGAAGGAUCUGCUGAAGAUAUAUCUGAAAUACCAACAUCUGAAACAAAUACAGAAUUUUAUGUAAGAACUGAUGAGGCAGAAACUAGUGAGAAAAAGAGCACAGUGGAUCAUCUAAGCAUUGAAAGUUCCACUCAUUCUACAUUAUUUAAGUCUGAAUCUACUUCAACUUUGUCUUCUAGCUCAGUUCAGGGACAAUAUAUAACAUCAACUCCAGAGCCUGGUAGUGGUGAUACAGAGGGCAGUGCAUUUGAAAACGAAGUGAUUGAAGAUGACGAUUCUGGUGCUGUUCUUGAGUCUGUUCCUCCCUCAAAAGUGCCAUCAACAGUUGUCACAACAGAAAAAACAAAAGUGUUAAUGCACACAAGUACCAAAGAGGUGACAUCUGUUCUUCCUACUUCAACUUCGAUAGGACUGGUUGUUGAAAGGGAUGAUUCAGGUGACCAGUCAACUGUGACAAGCACUCCAGUGCUGUCAAGUACAGCUCCAACUCGUCUAAUUUCAGAAUACACUGACAUGGGAUGGUCUGCAGGCUCAGUCACAGAUGACUAUAAAAUAACAAUUUUUACAAAGAAUGAAAGUGACAUUACAACUAGUGACACUAGAAGUCCAACUGUAGAAACAACUACACAAAGCAUUGCUUCCAGCGAGGACACAUCUGAAGUUGAACUGUUCCACAAUACCACACAGUUUACAACUGAUCACCCAUCAAACAAUUUAGAGAUAUCUACUUCUGCACAUGAUUCUCUGACCACCAAUUUGCCUACAGCUAGUACAUUCACCGCAUUGAAUGAAGUCAGAAUACAUACAUCCACAGAGUCAAUGAGUUCUCCAUCUACCAUCUACCAAGAUAGUACAGAUAAGCAAAGUACUGUUAUCCCAUCUAGUAGUGAGAUCAGGUCUAGUAUGCCUAGCACAAGGCCUCAGGAAACAAAACCAUUAACAAGCACUGUCAUCAUAUUCACAGAAGAAAUAAAAGAUGAGGACAAACUUUUCUCAACUGUUACCGAUAGCAUGACAGAUCAUAGCACUAAAGCAGAACUUAUUACCAAGGAUGACAGGAUAAUUGAUGCAGACACACAACCUUCAUCACCUUUUGCCCCCACAAUCAUCACAGAGGAAGCUGCAGGAAUCACGGCGGUCACCAUGACACCACAGUCUUCCAGUAUAAUGGCCGAGGAACACGAAGGAUCUGGAACAGACAGUGUUUUAUAUUCAGGGCCAGAAUUACAUGUGCCAUUUCAGCCAACCACAGAAGGGCCAGGUGGUAUAGAAAUGUCUUCUCAGCCAAGCUCUCCAUCAAGCAGCUCAUCAGAAGAAGAGAAAGCAGACACAAAACCAACGUUGUCGAUGGAUGUCCUUGGUGAGAAAUUUUCUGACCCAUUAAAACAUACAGAAACUGUUGUCACUUCUCAAACAACCACACAUCCCAUGCAGACUACCUCCCAUAUAAGGUUCAGCACAUCACAUCACACCACUCAUUCCAGCACCAGCACAUCCUUGCCUAGUCGUACCACCUUACACAGUACCCACAGCACACAUCGACCUACAUACACCACCACUCAUCCUGCCUACACUACCACUCACCACACUAUUACCAAACCUAGUCAUACAACCACCGACCACUCUAAAGCUAUCUCACAUUCAAUUUCUGCCACAAUGCAUACUGGAUUUAGCACCACACAGGCAACUUUCAAUACUGAUAGAACAUUCGCAACAGAAGCUACUCAAGUUGUUGUAACCACAAAGGACGUGGUGUCACCAACGACCAUGGAGGCAACUGUUUCAAAGUCAUCAACACUAUCAGCUUCAUUCAGUUCAUCCUCAGAAGAGGAAGGCUCAAGUGAAGGCUCUGGCCUAGAUGUACUUAUUUCCACAUCUACACCCCAUGACAUCUCCUCUGCUGCUGCAAGUACUCCAUCUGUUCAUUUGGAAACAUCCAAGGAAACAGACUCUACUGCAGAUGACACUGCAUCUGCAACACCUGAAUAUGGAAGUAUUCACCUGCCAGAUGAGUCCACCAUCUCUGACCAAACAGCAGUCUCCAAGGUCAUAAGUACUACAUUUAUUAGCACAGAUGAAGGCUUAGUGACAAUUAAGUCAGAUAUUGUUGGAGAGGAGAUUGACACUUCAACAACUGGUGAUUUGACAAAAGCUCCAGAGGACACAGAAAAAACAUCAGUGAAAUCUUUUAUUGGUGAGUCAGAAACAGGCACUACUUCUGAUGUGGAGAGCUCUACUCAUGAUGAAUUCAGUAAAGUGUCUCCUGAGUCGGACAUCAAUAAGGUUUUAGACUACAAUGGUACAGCUAAACCAUUUGUGACUACCAUGCAGCCUGAAAUGCAGACUAGUGACUCUCUAGCUGCAAGUAUGGUUGGUGUUGAAACAGUCACACAAUUUGACAGAUAUACCAGCGCACAAACAACUGUUAAACACACUGCAACCAGCAUGUUGCCAACAAGAAUAGUUCAGAAAACGGAUGAAGUAACAGCAGAGACAGAUUCAGCAAGCUCAGAGGGGCCAUUGCUCGGUACAACAAUAGCAACAAGCCUGUUAUUAUCGUCCACAGAUGAAAGCUCAGGUGAUGAGGCUAUUGAUGUGUUAAGCCAAGAAUCAACAACUGUGUCCCCCACCUCAUUUUCAGAUUCAGUAGUGUCACCAUCUAAAAAAAUUCAUCUGAGUGCAGUUAACCUAGGUUCAACCUCAGCACCCACAAUAAGCACAUCUUUUCUGUACAAAAUGACGGUUACACCCAAGCUUUCUACAGACAUCCUGGAAGGAGAAGGAGAUUUGUUAACAGCAACCAUUCCCGUAGUGGUGCCUAUGUCCACUUCUGAAAAUGAAAGGUCUAGUUCACAUAUUGGAACCACUAAGGAAACACUGCAGUCUACUAAAGAGAUGCUGGCAGAGGAGGAAAUUUUAACUGGUUCAGAAGAUAAAUUAUCACAGAGUACACAUAGGCUGGAAUUGAUAGACACAUCAACUUAUAGACCCACAGUUGAUGAUAAAACAAAGACUCUAUCUUCUUCCGAACUUACCACAGUUGCAUCAACAGAGUCAGGAGCUGGUAUAACACUAGACACUGGUGAGAGCACAUCUGAAUCUUUUGUAGUGGAGUCCAAACCUGUUUUUAGUGAUACUGAGACAACCUCGCAGAUUGAGAGUGAAACUACCUUUGAAAGCACUUCACUACCUGAGACUAAAACAUCUGUCACAAGCUCACCAGUCACCCUCAGCAGCAUAAGCUUUGAGAGAUCAAGUGUCUCAGACAGAAUCCCUUCAGAGGUGUUAUCCAGUACAUCACCUACACAGCAUUCCAUCGUACUUGCUCUGACCACAGAUUUGACUGAUGGAAGUGGAGAAAUAUUUACUAACACAGAUGAACGACAUGUGCCAGAAAUAACUAGUCUCUCUGAAUUUGAGGGUUCCACAAUAUCUAGUACUCCAGAAAGCAAGAAAAAAGAAAUGACUACCAUUGUUCCACCAUCUGAUGAGAUUCACACAAUUAUUUUGUCCUCGGUUACCACAUCGGCACUUUUACAACCUUAUGGCUCAAGUACUGGAUCUGUUAGUGAGGAAAGUGUGUCUGGGCAAAUUGAGGAAUCUGUAACUCCUAUAACUGAGAUACCUAUUUCAGAAACUAUAGAUCUCAAAACAUCUUCACCUUUAAUGUCUAAAGUGUCUACUGAUUCAGAAAGCAUUAAAGAACAUAUUGAGACUACAACUGCUGAGAAGUUAGCUGGAGUAGUAACAAGUGAUGCGACAAAAGCUCUAAAGGACAUAGAAACAACAUCUGUGGUCUCUUUUGACAAUACGUCAGAAACAGGUAGUACAUCUGAUGGUGAGAGUUUUACUUCCAGUGAAUUUAGUACAGUGUCCCCCAUGUCAGACACCGAAGAAGUGGGCUAUGAUGUUGCAACUAAACCCUUCGAAGAGUCAAAAACAGAGCUAAGUGCUGGGACCACUACUGAGCUUGAGAGUGAGACUGAUAUUGAGACCACAGCACGACCUGAAAUGAUGACUAAACACUCAGAACCUGAGAGGGAAACCAGCAUUGAGACUACCACGAAAUCUGACAGACAUGGUGAAGCUCUGGAGACAAAUGAGGUAACAGCAGAGACACUGUUUGGUAGAACCACAUGGAAGACAGCAAGUCCAUUACUGUCAACCAUAGAGGAAAGCUCAGGUGAUCAAGUUACUGAAAUUAUAAGCAAAGACUCAACUACCAUCUCUCCCACAGUGUCAGUAUCUAAAGAAACCAAGAGUGCCAUUUACUCAAAUGCAAUCUCAGCACCCACAAAAAUCACAUCUGUUCUUUCUGAAAAGACAGUUACAUCCCAGCCUUCUACUGAUAUCUUCUUAGAAGGAGAAAAAGACAAUAUUCUAACAACAUAUAUUCCCAUAGUUCAAGUCACCACAUCAGAAAAUGAGGAGCCUUCUCAACAAUUUGGAUCUACAAAACAGAUGCCAACAGCAGAGGAAAUUUCAUUUGAUUCAGAAGAUAAGUUAUCACCAACUACACCUAGACCCAAGCAGACAGAUGUGUCAACUUUUAGACCCACAGUUGAAGAUAAAACAAAGAACCUGGACGUUACUGAACCUACCACAGAGUCAGACACUGAUGCACCACUGGACAUUGAUGGUACAUCAGAACCUUUUGUAGUAGAAUCCAAACCAGAUUUUAGUUUCAUUAAAGCUACCUCACAGUUUGAGAGUGAGACUGCCUUUGAGAGCACUUCAUUACCUGAAAGUGAGACAUCUCAUGAGGGCCCCACAAUAUCUAGUAGUUUGGAAGACAACAAAGAAGAAGCCUCUACUGCAGCCCCAUCAUCUGAUGAGAUUCAAAAUAAUGUAAUUUUAUCCCAGGUUACCACGUCACCACUGUUACCACCUCAUGCACCGGACACUGCAUCUGUUAGUGAGGUAACUAUGCUAGAUGAACAACAGGCAGUUGGCCAAAUUGAGGAAGCUGUAACACCUUUGACAGAGAUACCUAUUCAAGAAUCAGUGGAACUGACAACAUCAUCACCCUCAGGAAUUCAGAUACAUACUGAUGCAACCUCUUCAUCUGAAGAUGAAUUAGAUCCAGCCCUGGUGCAGGGCUUACUCCCUGGUCCAGAUGUGCAGAAUAUAACACCCACACCUAGAGUGCACACUGACCUAGGAUACACAGUUAUUGGAGAGGCCUUUGCUAUUACAGAUAUUCAUUCAUGUUCUAAUGAUACAUGUCUGCAUGGUGGCACAUGUUUGAAAAUGGGCAAUACCAAUAUCUGCAGCUGUCCACCUGGAUACUCUGGGGACUGGUGUGAAAUAGACAUUGAUGAGUGCCAGGAGAACCCAUGUCGCAAUGGAGGUACCUGCGUAGAUGGACUGAACAGUUUUACCUGCGUGUGUCUUCCAAGCUACACAGGAGCUCUCUGUGACCAAGAUACAGAAACUUGCCGCUAUGGCUGGCACAAAUUCCAAGGCCACUGCUACAAGUACAUCCCCCACAGGCGCACCUGGGAUGCAGCCGAGCAUGAGUGUCGUCUACAGGGUGCUCACCUUGCCAGUAUUCUGACUCAUGAAGAGCAACAGUUUAUCAACCGACUUGGCCAUGACUACCAGUGGAUCGGUCUGAAUGAUAAGAUGUUUGAAACUGAUUUCCGGUGGACAGAUGGCCAUGCUGUGCAAUAUGAGAACUGGAGGCCCAAUCAGCCAGAUAGUUUUUUCUCCUCUGGAGAGGACUGUGUGGUGAUGAUCUGGCAUGAGGAUGGUCAGUGGAAUGAUGUUCCCUGCAACUAUCAUCUCACCUUCACCUGCAAGAAAGGAACAGUGUCAUGCAGUCAACCUCCCUUGGUGCAGAAUGCACGUACCUUUGGGCGGAUGCAGCCACGCUAUGAGAUUAACUCGCUAAUCAGAUACCAGUGCAUGGAGGGCUUCAUCCAGAGACAUGUCCCCACAAUCCGCUGCAGAGGAGACGGCUCAUGGGACCUACCUAAAAUCUCCUGCAUGACCCCCUCCAGCUUCCAGAGGGCAUAUGGCAUGAGGUAUCAGACUAUACGGAUUUAUGGCAACCAUCGGAGGAGAUCCACAGAGGAAUCAGAUUCAACCCACAAACACCAUCGUCAUGCUUUCCAAGACAACCGGACCAAGCAUUAGACCUCCUUUCUAUGGCAGUAUGUUCCCAACAACUGAGCUUUCUUAGCGAGAUCACCAAGAGAGAGUUUUCUUUAACUGUACAUGAUGGAUCUUCAUGUGAUUUAAAAGAACACAGAUAAUGCAUAUAUGGAAACUGGACAAGGGCAGAGAUCUGAAGUUUAGAUACUGGAGUCAGCACAGUGCCUUUUCAGUAUUUUAGGAGUAAGGAUUUUUUCUUUUUUUGUCUAAAAUAUACUCAGCUGGCCACACUGAAAAAAGACUGUCACUGUUUCUGCUGGAUGACUGACUUCUUUGCUAGUGAAUUUAAAAAUCGCCUUUCAACUUCUGCUUUGGAUCACACAGUGCCUUCUUUGUCAAAUGUAUGCUAAUAUGCAGAACCAGCUCGUAGAUUCACUUUUACAAGACCUGUGGAGAUCAGAGAAGGUUUGCUCAUCAAAGUCAACUCCACACAAUGGACCCUGAGCCAGCGCACAACAUUGGUAUGGAUCUAAUUCACACUGGCUAAUGAAUCUAGUUUUGGUGGAGAAGAUGCUAACAUAAUGCUGCAGUUGGGCUGAGCAUUGAGAACUGAUCCAAAAGCAAUACAUGCUACAGUAAGGAACACUUAAGUGCCUUGAACGAGGCAGCCAAGUCAACGCUAUUGUGAGGCCAUUUUGAUAUAUUGCUGUUCACAACAAAAACGUUUUUGCUUGCAUUUAAUACUUUAAUAUCUUUUCAUCCUUCAAAGGGCAUUCUGGCCAAAAUGGAAAACAUAUCUAUUGCUACAGCUAAUGUAAACAUUCCCACUCACAUCCUUCAACAGUACUGCAGUGGUUCCUAGAGUGGAACUUCAUAUUAUGUAUUUUAAAGGUAGGCAGAUACAAAAAGAAGCAACAUAGCUAACAUUACUGCUACGAAGCUGAAGGUCACUGAAUAUAUAUUAGCUUUUAUAUCUGUGUGGGUGGGGAGGGGCAUCCUAAUGGUUGUACCAUGUAUUCAUGCAGUGCAUGCUGGGCAUUGCAGUGUGAGCAAACUGAUGGAUGAAAAAGAUAAGCACAUCUAACUGUAAUCUUAGGCAGGAAUGCCCCUUCAGAGUUCUGGUACUACAAAUAACUUCAGUUUUCCCAGCUUUCAUGUCUUUGGAUGAUGUAAAACUACUUUUAAGAGAAUGUACUUUGUGAAUUGCUCAACAAGACUUGAACCAAAUGCCUUUUAACAGCAUGCAUGUAAUUUAUUUUUCGAGCUGCUUUUCAUCUCCUUGGGGUUGCAGUUAAAAUGCAACAUCUUGGAGAUGUAACACGGCCUGGCAAUCAAGAUCCAUAUGGAGGACUGUCAACGACAAAUCACUUGUGACUGAAAUGGAAACUGACGCAACAUUUGGGUUUUUUGAUGGACCAAGUAGAUUAAAGUGCAUCAGCCAAUACAGCUUUGCUUCACUGAAUAUUUCAAGUUUCACUGCACAUCUUCAUAAUUCAUAAUUGUGGUCAUCUGUAGGCUCAUCCCAAGUGUUUUUGAGUUUUUUUAUCUAGUUUUCUUUUGUGUUUUGUCAUUUGUGUUUUACCCAAAAAUGCACAUAUCUUUUUAUAUUUAUAGUAUAACGUCUAUUGUAUAAUGUGAAUGUCUGGGGUUUUGUGUGCAAAAAACAUUUGUACGGAAAGUUGCUUUUUAUACCUACCAUGUGUCACCAAAGAAAAAAAGAAACUUUAUUCCAUCCAA